AUGGGGCAGUCAAGACGGCCUCCCUCGCCUCCCUGGCCCUCUCUUGGCGACGAGUGGACCAGUACCUUUGCAACCAUGGGUAAGGUGCACGGCUCCCUUGCUCGUGCUGGUAAGGUGCGCGGCCAGACGCCCAAGGUGCCAAAGCAGGAGAAGAAGAAGCAGCCCAAGGGCCGCGCCAUGAAGCGUCUCAAGUACAACCGCCGCUUUGUGAACGUGGUCGUUGGGUUCGGCCGCAAGAAGGGCCCCAACUCGCAGUAA